CGCCUCCGCCUCCAGUCACCCGGCCGGGGAGGCGGGGCCGAGCCUGAGCGCGCUACCUAUGCGCGGAGCCGAAUCACUGACUCGGCUGCUGGCCCCAGGGUGGAGUUGGAAAGAAGUAGUCCUGUGGAGGAUGCGUUUCUAUUUUUAACCUGAUUGUCCGCCCUCAGCCUCUCUCCUUCCGAUUUUCUCAGUAAAGCCGACUUUUCGCCAUCUGAGUUCUCGCGCUUUGUCUAAAGCCUUUGGCAGACAUUUCCCGUUCCUCCUUACUCCCCACCCCUUCCCCACCCAACAAGAACGUGUUAGAAGGAUUCGGCUCAAGAAGAGAAAAUGAACUGCUGUUUAGCUUCUGGGUCUUCUCGCCUGUUUAUGAAGUUUCCCCCGUCCGGUUCCCUCACACUCGCCUUCGGUUCUAAAGUCCAGCCUGAGCAUUGCCCCUGAUGCUCCCAGGAAGGAGCGGGGCGGGUGGCGCUCGCUUCCUCGCUCACUCGCCCAAGGUCACGGAUGGUUGUGCCGAGUCAGGAAGUGCUCCGCCGACUUGCUGCCCGUCUUCGGCCCCGGCGACACCGUUCUGAGCAAACUGUUUUGGCCAGCCUGUAAAAUCCCUGGAAAUGGACUAUUCCAGCAGAGCCUCGUGAACUGGGAAAGCACCAAAUGUUCUACCCGAGAUGAAGUUAAGGAACAAACAAGCUAGACCCGAGGGAGAGAUCAAAAAGGAGACGUUGCAGGAGGAAGUUCAGAAGGGGGCAAUUCAAAAAUGAGGCACAGGCCCCGACUAGUUUGAAAGGCCUCACAACAGUGGUGAGACAGACACAUGUCUGUUUAUGGAAGAGAAAUUUGUGACUCAGAAAAGUUCAGUAACUCGAUCAAAGUUACUGAGACAACAGAAGCAGAGCCAGGCCUCAAACCCAGGUCUUCUGAUGCCAAAGCCAGCAUUCUUUCUUGUACACCACAGCUGCCAUCUGGAACUUGGGGUUACCAUAAAAUUGGUAAACACAAUUAUAUACUUAAUGUUUGAAAGAGGAAUGAAGGGUAAACAUUCCUUAGACUCUUACUACUGAGGAAACCAGACCAGCCAUUCAAGUGAUGAACCCUGUGACAUCUAACAACUACUGAGCUUUCAGCUAUCAUGUAAGAAGUCUGCCUACCCUGGGGCCACCACAUGGAGUGACCACAUACUUACAUAUAGAGAGAGAUGGCCCAGAGUUCAAGUCUCCAGCUAUUGAAGGCUUCCAUCCUGGCUAACAGACAAUUGAAUGAAGACGACUUUGAGAUGCUGUCAGCCCCAACCAUUGUCUGACCACAACUACGUGAGAGACCUGCAUGCAGUCAGAACUACCAGCUGAGCCAAGCUGACCUCCAGACUUACAUGAUGAUAAAUGAUGUGGAAUCUAGAGAUCAAAGAUGAGGUGUCCCUGCCUUCACAGAACCCACAGGCUUAAUAAUCUUGCCAAACGGUGAAAAUUGAUACCCGUUGGAGGAGGUCAUGAAGAGGAUAUGAUCGCUGGUGGACCCAUGAGCUGGACUUGGGCAAUUGGAGGCUUCUCACCCCCUCCCCUGUCCUUGGAAUGUAUGUUCUGCCUAAAAUUCCCAUAGCUGGAGCUGUUUUGAGGACAUAGCCUUGAGAGAGUAAGGUGUUGAGGCCAUCUGGAGUGAAUAUGUGACUGAACCCAGUUAAGGCCUCUAUAUAAACUCCUAAGAUUCUGGCAGGUGGGUGCAGAGAUCUACUUGUCUUGUGAUGCCCAAGACAAGUUCUCCUGUAAGUUCCCUUGCUUAUUAAAAUUGCCACCUACCAAGUAGGUGCAAAACCAACCGUUGUUGAACUGGGCAGGAGACUGAAGAAAUGGAUCUUGGAAAAGAGGCAUCCAUGGGGGAAUCCCAGGGUUGGCCAUCAUCCUUCAUGUCAAGAGGGGUUGCUCAUAUGUUAGAUGCUUGUGGACCACCACAUGAGUACGGCGAUGCCCUGAAAAUGCCCACUGGUUUAAUGCACUUGUUUGAAGAACUGAGCAUAACACCGUGCUGCAAAGGAGAGAAAUGAACCGCUGCGCAGUGGGCUGGCCUCUAGGGUGGGCAGUACAGCUUGACACUGAUGACCAACCAGAGGCUGAAGCUCGAUUUAGAAAGUUGGAAGAAGAACUGAGGUUAGAGAAGGAUGUGCACUGUCCACUGCCCUGCUCGCUUCGGGGCUGGCAGACAAAGUGGGAGAGAAGGAUGAUUAAGUUGGAGACUUCAGCAUGCUGUUUUGCAAGGCCAGGAGGGCUCAAUCUGCCAUGGAUUAAGGUCUGAGCACCUGUGACAAAGCCCGAUUGGGACAGUAAGUGGUGGACUCCCUGGGAAAGUGAGGAAAACAAAGGUGGAUUUUAUGGUGAUUGACAGUGAAACUGAUGAUACAACCCAUGUCACUGGACCCGUAACUCAAAGGAAAGCAAAAACACAGCAACAACAAUCCCAGCCAGUAAGGCAGCCCCCAAUUCAGGAAACAUACCUGAUGAGAGAAUAUAUGCUCACUGAGCUUAUUGAUAUAAUUAUCAAGUUCCAACAAAAGGCCAGGAAAAUAUCCAGGAAUGGUUAGUAUGGUUACAGGAUUGAGGGGCAGGGGAGAGGGGGCAAUGGCAUUUCUCUGACUGGGCAGGGGGCAGAAAAAAGAGCAAUAUCACCACACAGCCUUCUCUCCAGCUCAGGGGUGCUCAGGGGUGAGGGACAAUGGGGAGGUCAAGGCACUCACUCCCUUAUAGAUUGGAUUAUUCUAUCCUACAGGGAAGCUUGACCCAGUAAGGGGGUCUCUCUGGACAUAUGAGGCCCUGGAUAUAUUUAGAGGAGGUACAACAAAUUCUUAGGGAGUGGGAAAUGAGGUAGGCCAUCUACGCCCCUGUCUUUGAAGACCCUGAUUGGGCUACAUUCACUGCAGGAAUGAAAGCCAAGAUACUCCAGUAUGCCUUCGGUACCUGGUAUGCGGCACUGAUACCCAUGCUGAGCCCAGUCAUAACAGGAGAUGUUUUUGAUGUUGGGCAGGCUACUGCUGAUCUGGGGGAUACUGACAAAUCCCAGGAAUAGGUACAGGAUGUGGGAAAGACCUAAGACAGAGAGGGAGCUCAAGAAGACAACAGGCUAACCCAAUUGGCUGUAAACGGUCUGGUACGAGCAACCCAGAAGCAAAUGUGGUUUGACCUCAUUGCUGCAGGGAUCACACCUGAAAAGAUAGACGGGCAACCUAACACUGUGUUAGCUGGCCUGUGGAAAGCCUUGAAAGCUGAACAAGAGUUCAGACCUGCCCCAUCUGCCCUACCAUCCCUGAUGUACCUACUGCUACAGCAGAGGCCUCAGGGAUACAGUCCUAUUCGGGGUGGGUACCUCCCACUCCCCGGGUGUAGGAUAUAAGCCAAGAUGGCCUCCAAGUGAGGGCCGUUGGGGGCAAUUGGAGGCCACAUUGAGCUCACUAUUCACUGGUACCCCAGAAAUAAACAAAAGGUGACAGCUCUGAUUGAUACUUGAGCUGAAUAUACUCUAAUACCUGGUAAACUUCAGGAAUUUUCUGGACCUUUCAGCGCCAUCGAUGGUUUCCAAGGGCAGUUGGUUAUGGUCAGGAAGGUCCCUUUGACACUGCAAAUUGGAUGUUCUCCCCCACAAGAAUAUGAGGAUUUUAUCUCUCCAAUACCAGAGAACAUAUUGGGCACGGACAUCCUGCAAGGCCAAACUCCGCAAACCUCUAUCGGUGAAUUCUGCCUCCAGGUUAGAGUAAUCAAACCAGUACUGCUGAGGGGAAAUGCCAACUGGGAAUCAGUAAGCCUACACUUCCCCCUAACGAAGAGUGGUAAUUGUCAAGGAAAUAGGAGAAACUAUCCAAGAACUGCACUGAGUGGGUAUUCUACACCAUGUCCAUAGCACUUUCAACAGCCCAUUAUGGUCGGUAAAAAAAGGCAGAUAGCUCAUGGCAGAUGAUGGCGGAUUACUGAGAAUUGAUCAAAGUUACGCCCCCCAUUCAUGCAGCUGUGCCCAAACUUGGCACCAUCUUAGAUAAUUUGGCCACAGUCCUAGGAGUGGACCAUGCUGUUCUGGACUUAGCAAAUACUUUUCCUCAGAAUACCUUGGCUGCUGAGUCACAAGUUCAAUUUGCUUUCACAUGGAAGGCACGAUAAUGGACUUUUCAAAUUCUUCCCUGAGGCUACCUGUACAGCCCCACAAAAUGUCAUGGGAUGGUGCCUGGAGAUCUGUCCCUGUUAUUCUUCCCCACAUCUGUAAAAUGGACCCAUUGCUUUGAUGAUAUAAUGUCAACAUAUGAAGCCUUGCCUCUGCUGACUUCACACUCUGCAGAUUUUGCUGGAACACCUGUGAGCAAGUGUAUGGGAGGUGAAUACACAGAAAACUGAAGGUGCAGUCACCAAUGUAAAGUUUCCGGGAGUCAUAUGAUCAGGGCAGUGCCAAGAUCUACUCGUCUUGCGACCACCAGAGACAAACCUCAAAUACUGUGAAAUGGCACCAGGGAGCACUUUCAGCAACAGGCAGAACUGUGUGCAUGUGCCGGACCAGACCUGAAACAUUUGUCCCUUCAACCUGUCAUCCUUCUUCACGUUAACCGGCAGCCGAGACAUUCUGACAGGACACCACCAGGAUGCCACCCAAGAAAGUGCAAAUCCAAGUGGAGGAAAAAGAAGAUGAUACUGAGGAAAGUUCAAGUGAAGAGGAAGAGGAGGAGGAAGACAAACUACCUCGAAGAGAGAGCAUGAGACCAAAGAGGAAACGGACCAGAGAUGUCAUCAAUGAAGAUGACCCAGAACCUGAACCAGAGGAUGAAGAAACGAGGAAGGCCAGAGAAAAAGAGAGAAGGAGGAGGAUGAGGAGAGGAGAGGAAGAAGAAGAAGAAAUUGAUGAAGAGGAAUUGGAAAGAUUGAAGGCAGAGUUAGAUGAGAAUAGACAAAUGAUUGCUACUGUCAAAUGCAAGCCUUGGAAAAUGGAAAAGAAAAUUGAAGUUCUCAAGGAAGCAAAAAAAUUUGUGAGUGAAAAUGAAGGGGCUCUUGGGAAAGGAAAAGGAAAACGGUGGUUUGCAUUUAAGAUGAUGAUGGGCAAGAAAUGGGUAAAAUUUCUCCGUGAUUUUGAGAACUUCAAAGCUGCUUGUGUCCCCUGGGAAAAUAAAAUCAAGGCAAUUGAAAGUCAGUUUGGCUCAUCAGUGGCCUCAUACUUCCUCUUCAUGAGAUGGAUGUAUGGAGUAAAUAUGGUUCUUUUUAUCCUGACGUUCAGCCUUAUCAUGUUGCCAGAGUACCUCUGGGGUUUGCCAUAUGGCAGUUUACCUAGGAAAACGGUUCCCAGAGCUGAAGAGGCAUCAGCAGCCAACUUUGGUGUGUUGUAUGACUUCAAUGGAUUGGCUCAAUAUUCCGUCCUCUUUUAUGGCUAUUACGACAAUAAACGAACAAUUGGAUGGAUGAAUUUCAGACUGCCGCUAUCCUAUUUUCUGGUGGGGAUCAUGUGCAUUGGAUACAGCUUUCUGGUUGUCCUUAAAGAGAUGACCAAAAAUAUUGGUGAUGAUGGAGGUGGUGACGACAACAGCUUCAACUUCAGCUGGAAGGUGUUCACCAGCUGGGACUACCUGAUUGGCAAUCCUGAAACAGCAGACAACAAAUUCAAUUCUAUCACAAUGAACUUUAAGGAAGCUAUAAUAGAAGAAAGAGCAGCCCAAGCAGAAGAAAACGUCCACUUGAUCAGAUUCCUGAGGUUUCUUGCUAACUUCUUCGUGUUUCUAACACUUGGCGGGAGUGGAUACCUCAUCUUUUGGGCUGUGAAGCGAUCCCAGGAAUUUGCGCAGCAAGAUCCUGACACCCUUGGGUGGUGGGAAAAAAAUGAAAUGAACAUGGUCAUGUCCCUCCUGGGGAUGUUCUGUCCAACAUUGUUUGACUUAUUUGCUGAAUUGGAAGACUACCAUCCCCUCAUCGCUCUGAAAUGGCUCCUGGGACGCAUUUUUGCUCUUCUUUUAGGCAACUUGUAUGUAUUUAUUCUUGCCUUGAUGGAUGAGAUUAACAACAAGAUUGAAGAGGAGAAGCUAGUAAAGGCCAAUAUUACCCUAUGGGAAGCCAACAUGAUCAAGGCCUACAAUGCAUCACUCACUGGAAAUACCACUGGGCCACCCUUUUUUGUGCACCCUGCAGAUGUACCUCGAGGACCCUGCUGGGAAACAAUGGUGGGGCAGGAAUUUGUGCGGCUGACUGUUUCUGAUGUUCUGACUACCUACGUCACAAUUCUCAUUGGGGAUUUUCUCCGAGCAUGUUUUGUGAGGUUUUGCAAUUACUGCUGGUGCUGGGAUUUGGAAUAUGGAUAUCCUUCAUACACCGAAUUUGACAUCAGUGGCAAUGUCCUCGCUCUGAUCUUCAAUCAAGGAAUGAUCUGGAUGGGCUCCUUCUUCGCUCCCAGCCUCCCAGGCAUCAAUAUCCUUCGGCUCCACACAUCCAUGUACUUCCAGGGCUGGGCUGUGAUGUGUUGCAACGUUCCUGAGGCGAGGGUCUUCAAAGCUUCCAGAUCGAAUAACUUCUAUCUGGGGAUGCUGUUGCUCAUCCUCUUCCUGUCCACCAUGCCCGUCCUGUACAUGAUCGUGUCCCUCCCACCAUCUUUCGACUGUGGCCCCUUCAGUGGCAAAAAUAGGAUGUUUGAAGUCAUCGGAGAGACACUGGAACAUGAUUUUCCAAGCUGGCUGGCAAUGAUCUUGAGACAGCUUUCUAAUCCUGGAUUAGUUAUUGCUGUUAUUUUGGUUAUGGUUUUGACUAUCUAUUAUCUCAAUUCUACUGCAAAAGGCCAGAAGGCAGCAAAUCUGGAUCUAAAAAAGAAGAUGAAACAGCAAGCUUUGGAGAACAAACUGCGAAACAAGAAAAUGGCAGCUGCACGAGCAGCUGCAGCUGCUGGAGGCCAGUAAUUUUCAUGGAUAUUCUGGAGGCCCAGAAGUAUUCCUCAUCAUACUGUUCAAAACCAGUGACUUAUGUGAAGGCCCAAGUAAAAAAAGAAGGAUCUCUACCUUAUUCCAAAUUAGGGAUUUGUUCCUGCACCACCACUUUCUCCCCUGAGCAACUCCCCUCACAUUUUCUUUAACAAAUUGAGUUUAAAAUUGUGUGUGAUGGAGAAGUAUGGAUUACUGGCUUACUUUUUGGGUUAAUUUAAAAACUUUUUACUCAUAUGGACUUUCAUUUUAUACAUAUCUUUCUGCCUUAGUUUUCUUAGCCUGGAAGCAGGAAUAUUUCACCUUCUUUUUUCUUCUAAGGUCAGAAAUAUCUUUAUAAAGUAUUCAUUGUAAUCAUUCGUUAACUCACUUUUUUUUUUGAAAUUAACAUCUUGUUUUCCCUUUUCAUUCUGUCUCCCCAUCCAUGGUCCCCACAAAUAUACACCCAAAACCUUUUUAUUUGCUGCUGGAUUCAGUAUGAAAAGGAAUGGGCUUUUUAGAAGAAAAAUCUCAUGGGUUAUCUCUUUGGGCUUCUGAGAGGUACACAUAGUUUAAACCAUAUCAGGAGGUUUAUAUUAGCAAGCUUUGACCUGAACUGUGUUUUCUCAUCCUGAUGGGUCCCUACAAGUACCAGAGCCGGAGUCCAUCGGGUCUGGGAAUAUACUGGUGACCCAUGUCUUACUGUAUAUGGUGAGGUAUGGUUCCCUAUUCCCUAGUUGACUUUGGGGUUCAGCCUUUGCUAUCUUCAUUCCUCAGUGGAUGGGUCAGUAGGAAGAGGUUUUGUGUCAGUUUCCCUGCCUAAUACUCCAGCGUCUUCUCUGGACUGGACUUUAAUUCAGUCAACUUGAUUGGAACUUGGACUAUUUCAGCUUGGACUAUUUCAGUGCUUUACUAGACCCUUCCCAGAAGCGUAUGUGCAAAUUGUGGGGGAGUGAGUUUGUAAUAAACACUGGGACCACACUGAGUGCAUGACCACCAGGAACUACAAUGAGGCCAGUACCUCUUAAUCUGUUUACUAAAUAUUUAUCAAACAUUAUGUGUCAAACAUUUAUCAAACGUUAUAUAUCUUAAGUAUCACCUGCUCUCUAGAUUUUCUCUACCACUUUUUGCCCUACCUGCUAUAUCCUUAGUUUCUAGCAUCUUCCAGAAUACUAGAUACUAGAACUUGCAAACCUGUUUUAGGAUCGAACAAAAUUAAUGAUACCUUCCCACUCGGGGCAAGACUGUCCCUUUCUUCACAAUGACACAGAUAUUAUAGUACACUAUCAGUAUUCAGAAAAAAGAUUUGCUUUCUCUUAUUCUCUAUUAAGUGCAAUGUCUAACAAAAUCCAGUUAUUAUUCUACCUUUUUCAGCUCUCUUCCAAAGUUAGGACAUCUUGAUGGACAAAUAACCCUAGACCUCAGAGUUGGCAUCACAUGCUUAGUAGAUGGGAUGCAAACAAAGGAGUUUAGCCCACAAUGGAAAACCAAGUUCCUGUGGAAAAAAACAAGGGAGUGCUUUAGCAGAGGGAAUCCAAUGCAAUGUGGGUAAGAUGGGAGUCUGAUGACUUUACUGCCUCCCUUGAAUCAAAAAUAUGGACCUGGAUAAUAUCCAGUUACAACUUUCUUUUGCCUUGUUUGGUUCACAAAAGUAAAAAAAGUGUUUCCACAAUUCAUUUGUAAAGAAAUAUAUAUUAAAAGAGUAAGUAAGCAGGCUUCAAAAACAAGAGACUUAAGAAUGGGAUGGGCAGAUGUUCUCAGCUCUCAACUCAGAUACACACUUGAUUUUUCAGAAGACACAUUGAGACCUAAGAAUAUUUUAAAAAAUAAACUGUAGUCAUAGCCUUUAUUCAUAUCUACUUCCUGCAAGAAGGAAACAGCAUUAUAUGAUGGUGACAAGAUUUCUCAAGGCCCUAUAUGAGGUUUCUUUUUCUCAAAGUUCUCUUGUAAUGGAUUGCCUUGGAUGGUCCAGCUGCCUUUACCAGGAUGGGUCUUGAUGACUUAGUAAUUAUGAAUGAUGGAACAAUGUAUACAUGAAAUACUUGACCUCUUCUGGGAACUUAGGUAUUAUAUAACACACAUCUUUUUCAUACACACCAAGAAGGUUUCAUACAAAUCCUUGGUCAUUUAAAAAUUUAUAAUAGUGGUACACGUUCAUUACAGCAAAUUUAGAAAUUUUUAAUAGAAUUAAAAAAGCAAAAGAACCUGUAAUUCCACCACCCAGAAUAACUUCUGUUAACAUUUUGGUGUAUUUUUUUCUCAGAUUCACACACACACAUAGACUCAAUAAAAUAUUUUGGAUCAUAAGAUAUAUUUAGUCUUUAUCCUACUUUCUUAGUUAACAUUUUCCCAUGUCAUAAAAAUUACUUCAGAACAUUUUUUAAUAGCUACAAAAUAUUUUUUGAUAUUAAUACAGCAUAAUUAGUCUAUUCUACUGUUGUACAUUUAGGUUGAUUAAAGAUUAAAUAUUAACUUUAAAUUUGGGUCCUUUCAGGACACAUUUUUAUGCAAAAGCAUUAGUUUGUAUAGACUUUUAAAUCAACACAUAUACAUUUGAAGACAGUUUCAGUCAAUUUACUGAUACAAUUAUAUUACUUUCUAUUACUUUCCUGAUUCAGAGCAAUUAGCCUUAAAUGUCACUAAAUUUUCUUUUGACACUGUUUUGCUUAUGGCUAUAUAAAAACUUUUUAGGAACCAUCUCAUUUUUUUUAAUCUUAAGGAACAUAUUUAAAAUCUUUUUUUUUGGAAGUCAAGUUUCACAUGCUGAAUCAAAUCAAGUAUCAUCCACAUAUGAUAACCAAUACAAAUUGCCACCUGGGAAAUUAAUGAUUUUUUCCUAUUUUAUUUGAUUUACUAAAACUUUGGUCAAAGUUAUUGUCUUUAUGUUUUUAUUUGUUAUUAAAGGCAACAGGCUCAAAAUUAUUUCUCAA